UUUUCUUUAGAUCUUUCAUUUUGGCAUGCCCUGGAAUUCACUUAUGUGAAUGUUUAUGGCACUAAUGUACUGGUUGCUGCUGCCCAUGAAGCCAAAGUGGAGAAGUUUGUCUAUGUCAGUACAGAUGAAGUGUAUGGAGGCAGCACUGAUCAGGAAUUUGAUGAAUCCUCACCAAAAUGUCCUACAAAUCCCUAUGCCUCCUCUAAAGCUGCUGCGGAAUGUUUUGUUCAGUCUUACUGGGAAAGGUACCAAUUUCCAGUUGUUAUCACUCGAAGUAGUAACGUUUAUGGACCACACCAGUAUCCAGAAAAAGUUAUACCAAAGUUCAUAUCUUUGUUGCAACAGAACAGAAAGUGCUGUAUUCAUGGUUCUGGACUUCAGAGAAGGAAUUUUCUAUAUGCAACUGAUGUAGUAGAAGCAUUCCUUACUGUCCUGAAGGAGGGGAAGCCAGGUGAAAUUUAUAACAUUGGAACUAAUUUUGAGAUGUCCAUUGUCCAGCUUGCAAAGGAAUUAAUCCAUUUAAUAAAGAAGACCAGUUCAGAAUCUGAAAUGGAGCACUGGAUGGACUAUGUUAAAGAUAGGUAAGAAAACAGCCUAAGU